AUGUUUAAAAUAAUAAUUACAAUUUGUUUGCUUUCUUUGGUCUUUGCCGAACGUCCCGAUUGGUAUCCGGAAAAUCCCCAAGAAAUUGAAGCGGAAUGUAUGAAAAAGUAUAACGUUGAUGCCGAAACGAUUGCCAAAAUUCGCGCCUUCCAACUUGAGGAUACACCCACAGUUCGGUCCGUGUUGUUUUGCAGUGCUGUUGGUAAAAAUGUCUAUCGGCCCGAAAAAGGUUUUGAACCAGAACGUUUUGCUGUUGGUCUAAAGUAUGGGCUGAAUGUUGAUUGUAAUGUCGAUUUCAUUCGUAACUGUGCCAACAAGUACAACAAUAUUGAGUCUCAGGAGGGAAAAUAUUUCCAUUUCUUUAAAUGUGUUUUUGAUGAUAUCAAGGAAAAUUGUAAGAAAAUUGAAUGA